ACGGAUGGUGCCGCCAAACUCCUACUGUGCUUUGUUAUCAUUUUCUAAUUAUUAAGAAGUUUAAUCUGUUGCUGUUAGUUAUUAACCUUUCGAGAGGAAUCAUUAGACGUGGAAUAUCACUAGUAUGGUGCUGAACGAAGUCAACAAACUUGUUAAUGAGCUGGAGAAGGCAGAGCUCGAGGCACCAACUGGGACAGUCUCAGCCCAAGUUUACUCUCAGCUACUAGCAGUUUAUCUUCACCAGAAUGACUUGUGUAACGCCAAAUUUCUAUGGAAGAGAAUCCCAGAUAAUGUGAAGAGUGGCUGUCAGGAACUCUCGCAAAUUUGGAAUGUUGGACAGAAAAUGUGGCAGCGGGACUGGCCAGCGGUACAUACAGCACUUAAUCUUGAGUGGAGUGAUGAUGUUCGUCACAUCAUGCAUGCAUUAAAAGAGAGUGUUCGUGAAAGGGCGAUGUCAUUAGUCUCCGAAGCCUACUCGUCACUGAGCCUGUCAGUUCUCGCGGGAAUGACAGGGCAGUCUCCAGAAGAAGCAAAACAAUCAGUCCUAGACCGGGGCUGGAGCCUCGACGACACAACAGUGAAGCCUUGCAAGAUCGAGAAGGAGCAAUCCACCCCAAGUCCAGCCACCCUUACCGAUGAUCAACUCUCUAAACUCACUCAAUUUGUGUCUUUCCUCGAAAACUAGAAAUGUUACCUCACUAUUUAAGAAGCUCCCCUCUUAGUUUAAAAUUGAAAGGACAGGAGGGGUAGAAAUCUUUCCUCCAUGAAUUUUCCUCAUCUAACGAAUAAGAAAA